GAUGAUGAGGAAAAUGUUGAUCGUGGGUUAGACUUGAUGGAAACUGCGGCCAACUGUGGCGACAGUUUUGCGAUCUUAUACUUAGCGGAGGCUUUUACCCAAGGCAGUAACCUUGGAUCAUCACGCCACAAGUCUUUUGUGAAGGCAUCGGAAUAUUACAACCGCUUAUUGCAGAAAGGUCCUGAAGUUGAAAUUGGCAUUCCACAUUACGAAAUAUACAAAAGACUGGCAGAGAUGUAUGCUGUGGGCGAUAAGGAGUUGCAGAGGAAUUCUGAAAAAGCCUCGGAACUUUACAACGAAGCUGGAAAUGCUGCGACAGAAGCAAUGAAAGGAAAGAUGGCGAACAAAUUUUUCAUGAUGGCAGAGCGUGUUUUGGCUGGAGCAGAGGAAGAGUAA